GACGAGAGAUAUACAAAAGAUGUUCCCGUUCAAAACAAGAAGAACAUUGAAAAGACAUGGCGAAGAAUUGCUGCGUCUCCCAGAGGAUGUUGUAGAGCUGAUACUUGAGAGACUUCCGGUAAAAUCUCUGCUGAGAUUCAGGACGGUGUCCAAGAAGCUGAAAUCUGCAAUCGAUUCCUGACGUUUCCAGGAAAGACAACAGUUGAUCCAUAUGUCACGAGGCGGUCCAGACGUCCUUUUCGUGUCCACUAAUGUUUAUGAUGAUGAUGGUCGUCUCGUCAAAAGAGUUAAUGAUUUAGAUGCUCGAAGAUUUGCGUUUGGAUCAUCAUCUGCUUAUACGGUCCAUGUGCCUACUAAUUGGGGGGGCACUUCGGUCUGUCAUAGUAAUUGCGACGGUCUAUUAUGCCUCUACUCUAUCUACAACCCGAGUGUCUGCGUCGUGAUGAAUCCCGCCACUAGAUGGCGUCAAACUUUCCCUCUCUCCAACAUUCAAAACCUCAUACUCCACAGGUUGAACAAAGACACCCCAACUCCUAAGCUUGGUUUCAGUAAAAACAAACUCACCGGCACUUACAAGCCUGUUUUUCUAACCAACUCAUCCGGUUUUGGCCUAGACAACGUCACCACUUGCGAAGUUUUCGAUUUUACCACUCAACUCUGGAGGUACGUUCACCCUGCUUCUCCCUUCACCCCUAAUCCUCACACCGAUCCCGUUUAUUUAGAUGGCUCCCUUUACUGGCUCACCGAUUGUGAAGAAGAACCCAAGGUUUUGUCUUUUGAUCUUCACACUGAAACUUUUCAUGUCAUCUGUGAUGCUCCCUUUGCCCAUGUUCUUGACCCUUGGUCCGUCACCAUCUGCAUCCUCGACAAUCGCCUUUGCGUUUCCAAGAAACACUGGCCUACCCAAGACAUAUGGUCCUUCCAAUAUUCCAACAAGACAUGGACUAAAAUGUGUUCCAUUGAUCUCACCCAAACUUUUUC